AUGGAUCUCACCUAUCGCUCUGACGAACCUUCUGUAGUCCCCUCACCCUUACCCCAAUCGGUCGGAUAUGGCGUCGUGGUCGCUGCUGGAUUGGCAUUUGCCUUUGGCAUGAUGGGCUUGACCGCGAUUUUGAAAAAGACCUUGAAUGAAGACAACUCCAAAGUGGAAACUUUCAUGGUUGCCAAUAGGACAGUACGAACCGGCCUGGUCGCAUCGGCCGUAGUCUCGUCAUGGCUAUGGAGUACCGCCCUAUUGAGUUGCGUCCUGGUAACCUACAGCUACGGUAUCAGCGGUGCAUUCUGGUACGGCGCUGGUUGCUCGACUGUUAUCGUCUUCUUUGGCUACUUGGGAACUGUUUGCAAGGGUCGUGUUCCUGAAGCACAUACUAUUCUCGAAGUCAUUCGCAUAAGAUACGGGACUGUCGCGCAUCUAAGCUUCACGUUCUUGGCCAUCGUGAACAAUCUUCUCAAUACGAUCAACAUGAUCCUGGGCGCAUCGGCGGCCAUAUCCUUCUUGACAGGAAUGCACAUCAUGGCACCAACUUUCUUGCUUCCUCUUGGUGUCGUCCUCUACACGCUUGUCGGUGGCAUCAAAGCAACUUUCCUCACCGACUACAUCCAUACCUUUGCUAUUCUCAUUUUGAGCUGUUGGUUGACGGCCAAAGUCAUAACAUCGGAAUCGGUCGGCUCAAUCGGACGCCUGUAUGAUCUCGUCGUCGCCGCUCAGUCGAACCACGUAGUUGAAGGUAACUAUGAGGGUUCGCUGCUCACCAUGACUUCUCAACAGGGCAUAUACUUUGCCAUCAUCCUCCUAACCUCGAAUUUCGGGGCCGUCGUCAUGGACACAGGAUAUUUCCUCAAAGCAUUCGCUGCUUCGCCGAGCGCCGUCGUACCAGGUUAUGUCUUGGGAGGUAUCUCUUACUUCAGCAUCCCGUGGUCGCUCGGUACCAUUGUGGGGAUGGCUUCGCUGGGGCUUGAAGCGCUCCCAAUCUUUCCAACGUAUCCAAGACUUAUGACAGGCGCUGAGGUUACCAACGGUCUUGCUCUACCUUAUGUCGCUGUCGCUGUCGCAGGCAAAGGAGGUGCCGUCGCAGUUCUACUAAUGACGUUCAUGGCCGUCACUUCAACUCUGUCAGCACAAAUCCUCGCCGUCUCUUCCAUCCUCACCUUUGACAUAUACCGCGUCUACUUCAACCAAGAAGCUUCCAACAAACAAGUAAUUCGAUGGGGCCACAUCGGCGUUGUAUUCUUUGGCGUCGCAGCAGCUGCCUUUACAGCAAUGUUCCAUUACAUCGGAGUCGACAUGGGCUGGACGCUCUACAUGCUCGGCAAGACCUCCCGUCGCGUAAACUCAAUUGAAAUUGUUUACUAA